GUGGUUUCGGUAGCAGAUCAGUCAGACAGACAGAGUGUAUCAGCGGGACCGGGGAGCUGCGCGCAGGGCAGAGGGAUCUGGAGAAAGCGCACCGGGUCGGCGCAUGUAUUUUCUCAUUUUUCUUCCCCGUCUUGCGUUCUGCUGCGUCUCCUAUGCUGGAUGCUGGAUGCAAUCCGUCCCCGCGUCAACAGCACACCUCUGACGGACAAAACAUGGACAGUAUAGGCAGCCGCUGUAAGAUUGUGGUGGUCGGGGACACGCAAUGUGGGAAAACGGCACUGCUGCACGUUUUUGCCAAGGACUGCUAUCCAGAGAACUACGUGCCCACGGUGUUUGAAAACUACACAGCCAGUUUUGAGAUAGACAAGCACCGGAUCGAGCUGAAUAUGUGGGACACGUCAGGUUCCUCUUAUUACGACAACGUGAGGCCGCUGGCAUAUCCCGACUCGGAUGCAGUUCUCGUCUGUUUCGACAUCAGCCGCCCAGAGACUUUGGACAGUGUCAUAAAGAAGUGGCAAGGGGAGACACAGGAGUUUUGUCCCAAUGCCAAAGUGGUGCUGGUGGGCUGUAAGCUGGACAUGAGGACAGACGUCAGCACCCUGAGGGAGCUCUCCAAGCAGCGCCUCAUCCCCGUCACCCAUGAGCAGGGCAGCACAAUAGCUCGACAGAUGGGUGCAGUGGCAUAUGUAGAGUGCACCUCCAAGGUUUCAGAGAACAGCGUUCGGGACGUGUUUCACAUCACCACGGUGGCGUCCGUGCGGCGGCCGCACAAGCCGCAGCUAAAACGCAGCAGUUCCCGCAGAGGCCUGAAGCGAGUGUCACAGCUGCCCCUGCCACCCCUGCCGGGUCGGACUGAGCAAAUGGACGAGGCCCCGGUCAUGAGGAAGGACCGGGCCAAGAGCUGUGUGCUCAUGUAGAGACCCAUCACUAUGAACAUAUAUAUGUAUAUACAUAAACACAGAAAUAUAUAACAGAGGAAGUCUAUUUAUUGUUUUUGGUAAAUGUUUUU